AUGGGGAUUCCCAGCCUUGUUGCAGUGCAGAUGCCAAAAUGUUUUUGUUUCAAAUUCCUGGUAGAGCUUCUCACUUUCAUCAAGUUGGUGUUUCUAUUGACUCUAACCAUUCUACGUAUGUUCAAGCCACCUCAACUGCUUUACAAUUCCGGUCAAGAUCAAGAUACCACAGAGGGUUAUGUUCUUUUAAUGGAUGAACUUUGUCCAUCACCAAUUUCAGUCCCAGUUUCCACUCUUGCAAGACUGAUCAAGAAGAAACUUAAAGUGAUAGCGUACAGCAGUUUACUUGAAAGAUCAGGGAAACUUGAAGAUGAUCAAGAGAGAAUAUGUCCUGUCUGCCUGGACUGUAUAGAAGGAAGAGAUGAAGUCAGAGAACCAUGCAACUGCUCUCAUGUGUUUCAUCUAAAAUGCCUAGAUAGUUGGGUGGAUCAAGCUCAUGUCACCUGCCCAACCUGCAGGUCCAUGCUGUUUCCAAAGAAGAUGGGAGCUGCUGCAAUGUAUUUACUUGCUUUUCAAGAUUCUCUUAUGGAUGAACAAGUUUAUCUGAAGUAG